AUGAUUGAUUCUCAAUCAAAAUUCCACAGACAUCCAGCAAGAAUUUUGUCAGCUCCCCCAGAUGAGCCUAAUGCAUUAAGGCCAGAAUCCCAAAAAAAUUCAAACUUAAACCUAAACGCAAAUGUGUUUGUACCGGGUGGUGGCAAUAUUACAAUACCAGAAUUUAAGCCAACAGUAUCUGAUAACAAAACAAAAUUCAAUAUAGGAGCUACAGAGUUUAACCCUGUAAAGCCGACAGCACCAGCAAUUCCUCCAACUUCUUUAAAAGCAGAUGCCCCUGAGUUUACUUUGAGGCUAGGAUCUUCCUUUACGUCGCAAACAAAGCCUCUUGAUGCAGUAGUCAAUGUUCCUGAAUUUAUCCCUAAGCAGCAAAUGGAAGAGCAACUCCUAAAAAUCGAAGAAAAAAUCCCUGAGCCAUCGAAAAUUGAGGAAGAAAUUGUAGAACCUGAAGAGACAUUUACACAAAUUUUUAAUAGAGAACUCACUGAAGAAGAACUAAAAGAAGAAAUUGAGUUUUCUGAUGUUGUAAUUAGAGUAGAUGACACAAUUACGUAUUCUUAUGAAGAAAUAGAAAAAAUUAGAAAGGAAUUAGAAACCCUAAAGGAAUAUUUCAGUAUUUCAGAAGCCCUUAUGCAGUUAAGCGAUCGAAAAAUUUUUGAAGUUUUUAGAAAAAGGGAUAAUAAGCGGCACGACUCCAAAAAAAACCAAAGAAAAGACAAAGACUGAAGGGAAAAAGAGCAGCAAGGGCAAGUUGUAAAAAUAGUCAACUGGAGAAGAGAAAAAACUACAGAAGAAGAAAAAAUCAUCCAGAAAGCAAGAGAGCAUACUGCUAAAUUAAAAGAAGGAAAAGAGGAAGAAGAAAAAAUCAAGAGGACAAUAAAGGUUACUUUAAAUAAGCUAUCACCUUCAAACCUUGAAAAACUGAGAGACCAGCUUUUAGAAAUCGGAAAAUCAUCGCCUUCUUCUUUAGCUAUUCUUGUUGCUGGGAUUUUUGACAAAGCUUGAUCAGAGCCAAAAUACACUCAGAUGUAUGCACAAAUGUGUGGGUACUUUAAAACUGAGUUUGAUUCUUACAAAUUUCCUGGAACAGAAGAAGAAAAAGCUCCUAAAAAUUCUUUUAAAAAUGAGCUGCUUAUCAUGUGUGAAGAAUCCUUUAAAUUUGUCCCAUCAGAAACAGACUAUGAAGGCUUAGAUGAAGAACAAGCCGAAAAAAAGAAAACUAUUCACAAGAAAAAAACCCAAGGCAACGUAAGGUUUAUUGGGGAGUUAUUCAAUGUCAAAUUAAUUUCAACCAAAAUUGUGCUGAUGUGUGUCCAUGAAAUGCUUGGGCUUGACGAAGGCUCGCAAGGAAGACCCGGACCACUCGACGAAGAUAAACUUGAAGGAGCUUGCAUUUUAUUAAGCACAGGUGGAGCAGGCUUCGAAAGGGGAUCGAUGAGAAAAGACACAAAUAAAGUGUUUGAGUAUUUGUCAGGACUAAUUCAAAGCAAAGAGACGCUUUCUUCGAAAUUGAGAUUCAAGAUCAUGAAUUUGAUUGAUGAAAGGGCAAGCGGAUGGAGUAAGAACAAGAAGGAUGAGCCGACUACAAUUGAAGAAGUCCAUGCUGAAUAUGAAAAGGAACAGAGCAUCAUCCAAAAAAGAUACGAAAGUCGUAGAUAA